AUGGGAGAAAGAGAUUGGAGACCUUUUAUCUAUGGUGGAGUAGCUUCAUGUGUUGCUGAAUUUGGAACCUUUCCUAUCGAUACAACUAAAACCAGAUUGCAAAUUCAAGGACAAAAAUUAGACAAAAAUCAUGCAAAUCUCAAGUACAGAGGAAUGGUAGAUUGUUUUAUAAAAAUUGCCAAACAAGAAGGAUUCAGUUCGUUAUACUCUGGGAUUUGGCCUGCAGUAUUAAGGCAAGCGACUUACGGAACCAUUAAAUUUGGGACUUACUACACCCUAAAGCGAAUUUUGGUAUCUUAUAACAAUGGUAAAGAAAGUGUUACUGUAAAUGUUGGCUGUGGUAUUGUAGCGGGGGCUAUUUCGAGUGCUAUCGCUAACCCAACGGAUGUAUUGAAAGUUCGCAUGCAGGUUGCGGGUAUUAACGGCAAUACUAAUAUCGGGUUGAUAAAUUGUUUUAGAGAUGUUUAUACUCAUGAAGGAAUCUCAGGGUUAUGGAGGGGAGUCAAUCCUACUGCUCAAAGAGCAGCAGUUAUAGCAGCAAUCGAAUUGCCUGUCUACGAUUUUUGUAAAAAUCAUUUGAUGAACCUCCUUGGUGAUAAAGCUACCAAUCAUUUUAUAUCUAGUCUUAUUGCUAGUUUAGGAAGUGCAGUUGGUUCAACUCCAAUUGAUGUAGUUCGAACCCGUCUUAUGAACCAAAGAAAACUGAAACGCAGCGGAGGACCUUUACCGCCAUUCGUUUACGAAGGAACGCUCGAUUGUUUCGUACAAACGUACAGAAACGAAGGAUUUUGGGCGUUUUAUAGAGGAUUUGUACCGACGUUAUUUCGAAUGGGCCCUUGGAAUAUAAUAUUCUUUUUAACUUAUGAACAAUUAAAGAAGUUUUAUUAA